AUGGAAGUCGCUGACGGUGCAGCCAGCACGCCUGCUGAACUCCCUCAGCCCGACGAUUUGGUGGCGGCGUUGGAGAAGAAUUAUUACAAAGUCGAAUAUCGCAACGUGGAGCUCAAGAACCAUCGCGACGUGGUCAGCACAGUCGACAAGAAGGAUCUCGCCUCCAUCGCGGACAACACAUGGGUGACUGACGGGGUGAUCGACUUCCACAACGUGUUGCUGACAACUCUCGCCAAGCAGACGCACCCACAUGUGGACAUGUCGAAUUUUGAACUGCUGCUGAAGGACGUUCCCUGUCAUGUCCUCACGCGGCUACCCGGUGUGCGGAUUCUUUGUGUGCAGGCGAACCACAUCCCUAAGCAAGAGAAUGGUUUUGACUGCGGAGUCUUCAUCUGCCACUACUUGAAAGUUUUGGUCUACUCCGACUUCGCCAACUUGAAGAGUGGCCUGUGGUUCAAAGGGGUCAGCGCGCUGCAGUACCGCCGCAACAUGCGCGCUGAUAUAUGCGCACACGCUAUGGGGGAGUUGCUCCGGAGGCUAGAGGAAGAUGGCGUGGAUGUUCCUUCUCAGGAAAGCGGCACCACCACCAACACGACUUUGAAGGAGGGUGCAGAGGACGGACAACACACAGAGCAAAGACGUGUGGACCGGCUCGAGGCGGAGGUGUGCUCCUUGAAGCGCGAGGUCGGUGCGAUGACUGCAGGAUUCGCCGCAAUUGGGCAGGUGCUUGGGAUGUCGAGGGAGGAGCUGAUCUCUGCCGGCGAAAACAUGCUGCAGAAGCCUGCCUGCGCUGUGCAGGGAGCGGGAGGUAAUGAUCCGCGCAAGCACGGCCCAACCACUCCUGUACGGCCUUCAGGAUACACGAAGCAGCUGAACGACAGCCCUGACGAGGAUCUGGUGGGCUCCAACACGAGAGUGUCGCUCGACAGCAAGUUCGCGUCAGCCGUUGGAGCGUACCCCUGCUUCCCGGCACAUCUGCCGAUCCCCGGGACGGUUCCACACUGGCUGUUGUCGCGCCAGCAGGGAGCUGCGGUUUCACUAGUCCAGCCAUCCUAUCCUGUUUACGGCAUCGCGCAGAGCGGUGCGGGCGCACACCCCGGCUUCACAGCUGUGCCUAAGCAGGAGCCCUUGGCCGGAGGAGAGGAUUCUGACGAGGACGGAGAGGGGGAGACCGAGCCAGGAACAAAGCCGACCAAGUACACCGGGGUGUAUGUGGAGGCCGAUACAGGCAAGUUUGGGGUGAAGGUUGUCGCCAAGGACAAGGACGGAAAGAAGGUAACGAAGAGAGUCGGCGCUUACACCACGAUAGAGGAGGCAGCGUAUUGCUACGCGGCAGCAGCCCACGUGCUGAGGCCAGGCAUGGGCACCAGGAACUCUGUGGCUUUAACACCGGCGGAUAGGGCAGCUUUGAAGGGGUGCACUCCUGAAGUCCUAAAAGUCCUGGUGGAUGCCCGCAUGUGGUGGCGCUGGAGGGUAUGGAGGGAGGCGUACGAAGGUGUGAUGCGGAAGGCAGCGCGGGCCAAGAAGAAUGCAACGCCUGCUAAAAGGGGGAGACCGCGAAAGGAGAGUGGUGCGCAGGGUGGUGGCACGGCAGGAGAGGGUGAAGGAGAGAAGGCUGGAAGUGAGGACACUGAGAUCGUUGCCAUCGAACCAACCAACAGCAGGGCGCUUGGGAGGCUCCGCAGUGCCGAUGCAAAGUCCACGGAUGACAAGACUGAUGAAGCUGGUCGUGGGAGGCAGAAGGAUGGUGCUUGGGAUAUCAUCUCGUAUGCUUUUGAAUCCGUUGGCUUUCCCCUUCCUUCCGCAAUGGAGCUUUUAAACCCUCGAACUUACAUUCUCUCGUCCGUCUACAUUCCCACCACUUCAGAGACUACGGGGGGGGAGACAUCUGACGCUUCUCCCGGCAGAGUAGGCAAGCAAGCGGCGGAGAGUGACUCGCCAGAUUCGCGUUCCAAGAGCGACGUUGAUCCGCGUCUGGCUCUCCGGAAUCGAGGCGAGGACGUUGACGGGGGCGACCAGGCACGCAUCGAGAGCGACGUCAACGCUUUCGAAGAGGAGGAUGACGAGGAUGUGGGCGACGCGAUGCGCGCGAUGUUCGAAACCAACACGAACCGCGAGAACGCUGAUGUCCCAACCAAUGGAGAGGAGGUGCGCGUUUCUGCGGGAGUAUUCAGGAGCCUGCUUAAGUCGCAAGACGAGAGCGCGAAGAAGGUUGCCCGCUUGGAAACCUUGCUUUUGGAGGCACUGGCGAAGUCCGAUGGGGGAUCUCGUCGCCGCAAAGCAGAGCGGCAGAGGGAGCCGGGACAGGGAUGCAUGAACCCAAAGCGCCAGCGUCGUGGCGAGGCUGUGGCUGAGGUUGAGGACGAUGACAAUGAGGUGGACGACGACGACGACUUCGAGGACGUGGCACAGAUUCGCACGCGACGUAAACAUAUGCGUCUGCAGGGGGAUGCCCUUUGGUGGAGCACUGUUCUCAUUCAGUGUUUGCGGUGGUUCCUGACUUGUGUGCAGCGACUAUGCGAGUUGGUCCGCGUGCAGCUGUUCCUGAAGAAGCCGGCCGCAACCAUGACUUUCUAUCCGAGCUCUGACGACAAGACUUAUGGCGUCUGCGCAGUGCUUGACCGCCUGCCGCAUAGCUUCGCGUGUCUCGCGCUGGCAGCGGACAAGUCCCGACGGGCGGACCUUAACAAGACGCUGAGCGAGUGGAAGACAAGGGCUGCAGCACGGGUCCGGGACAUUGCGCUCCCGAAGCUUGGAUUCUUCCGGGACGAGCGCGACGAGGCAAGCCCGUGGGCAAGGGACAACGCACGGACGCUGGAGCAGAUUCGCGAGCGCAUUGGGCUCGGAGCGGAUGAGAGCGAUGAUCUGGUGUUGAGCAACUGGGCUAACGACCGCGACGGGAUGCCCUUUGCUUCUGCGGCGUUUGCGGCGUGCGCAAAGGCUGCCUUCAUUCCGAAGAAGGCUGCACUGCCGCUCACUUUGAAGGUGUACCACCUUGCGUGGCUAGAGCACGUGGUGUCCGACAGCAUCAUGUACUGGGAGCAGAGGAUGGGCCGUCUCUCUAACUCGGCGGGGGGGAACGGCCACGUGAUGAACGGGCUCAAGGUGCUUGUGAAGGGCUCCGUUUCACAGGCCAUCCGUCACUUCAAUCCAGAGUACGACGAGGAGAAAGAGGAGUGGAUAUGGGGACGCCAUGGCCUCCGCCUUUCUGCAUGUGGGCUUGAGAGCAUGAAGCCCAAUGCAGGCGCUAGCGGAGGAGACGCCGCCGGGAACGAUGUGCAGUCGGUGUCUGUCGGGGGUGUGUAG